UUUAUUAUGGAUUUAUGACUCAGAAUCAUCACGUUCGUCGUCGUGAUGUCUAUCUUCGUCAAAGGUGGUCCCCGGUCAAGCUUUUCUCCAAGAAGAUGAUGGCACUGGCAAUCAGGCGCUGAAUCACAAAUAUUGUAAGAGAAGUCGACUUUCGAUAUCACCACAGCUCCACCGGGCCUCCCUCGCAACAGAGAGAGAGAGAGAGAUAAUCCCAGCGACGGAUGGCCACCGACUUUAGUAGCAUCCCCAUUAUUGAUAUUAGCGCCCUUAUAGCCAAGUCCGAUGAUCCAAAUAUUGCUGAGGACCCUGCAGUCUCUGAGGUUGUUCGACAAUUGGAUCAGGCUUGUAGAGAGGCAGGUUUCUUCUACGUGAAAGGUCAUGGUAUUCCUGCUACUCUUCUGAAAGAGGCUAAGGACUUAACACGUAGAUUCUUUCAACUUCCAUACGAAGAAAAGAUGAAGAUCAAAAUGACUGCGGGCACUGGUUUCAGAGGAUAUCAGAGCAUCGGAGAAAACAUAACUAAAGGCGUACCUGAUAUGCAUGAAGCUAUAGAUUGCUAUAGGGAAGUGACCGAAGGCAUGUAUGGAACGCUUGGCAAACCCAUGGAAGGAUGCAACCUGUGGCCACGAAAUCCUUCAAACUUCAAAGCUCUUAUGGAGGAGUAUAUUAGUCUCUGCACAGAGCUUGCAAGAAAAAUUAUGAGGGGAAUUGCCUUAGCACUAGGUGGAUCACCAGAUGAAUUUGAAGGUCAGCGAGCUGGGGAUCCUUUUUGGGUCAUGAGACUUAUUGGUUAUCCAGGUGUAUCCACUGCAAAUGGAAAAGCUGAUGUCAAAAAUGACACUGGAUGCGGAGCUCACACUGAUUAUGGUUUAUUGACAUUGCUUAAUCAGGAUGACGAUAUAAAUGCACUCCAGGUAAGGAACGUGUCCGGGGAAUGGAUAUCAGCACCUGCGGUUCCUGGAUCAUUUGUGUGCAACAUCGGUGACAUGCUUAAGAUAUAUUCCAACGGUUUGUACGAGUCAACUCUGCAUCGGGUGAUAAACAACUCAGAAAGAUACAGAGUCAGCGUAGUAUAUUUUUACGAGACAAACUUCGAUACGGCAGUGGAGCCUUUGGAUACCAUUAAAACGAGGGCGAAUGGUCCCAACAAGUUUAAGAGAGCCGUGUAUGGCGAGCAUCUAGUUAGCAAAGUCACCACCAACUUCGUGGAUAUCUAGAUCUUGUUAUCGAGCUAGUUCCCAAUGCCCAUUUUGUUUAUUUAUGACUCACGUGUCCCUUAUCCAUUGACUUCCUCGUUCUCAAAAUUUACGUUUACAUGCUAGCAAUUAGUAGUUUACAAUAGCUAGCCCACCCAAAAAAAUAA